AGGUCGUGACAUGGAUGUGGGUAGGGUUACUGUCAACAUUGGGAAGAGAAUUAGAGCCACUGAAGAGAAACAACAGGUUCUCCUAGAGGAAGGAUCCAGAGAGCAAAACAGUGGUGGUUGGUUUGUGAUCUGCUGCUGUCUGCAGAUGUGAAGGGAAAUCCAGAAGAAGGAAUCGCAGUGUGUCUUGUUGGUUGAGCAUAAGACCUGCACUUUGGUGAUAGCAAAGGCCCAACCAAUUUGCCAUCCGGUACACUCAGUUGAAAUAGUGAGUGUCAAAUAAUUGAUUAACUCAUCAGAACACACCAAGGUGGAGGUAGUAGCUUCAGAACCACAAGACAAUGAACGAAGUCAAGAUUUCAGCUAAAAACGGUGAUAAGGGCAUGGCAAACCUAGGAUUUCAAGAUAUGGAAUCAGAGACAAAUGGAAAUGAAGCACCAUAUCUUGAGAUUUUGGAAGAAAACCCUGUGCAGAAGAGUCAUUUUGGGAGCAGGUUCAAGAAUGUGACUCAGCCUUUCUCUAAAGCAAAGAGUUUUUACAAGACUCAUCGUGAAUUAUUCCACAAGGUCUUCUUAGGCAUCUUAUGUGUAGGCUACCUGGCCUACUUCAUUGCUGCUUGUUAUCUGGACUACCAUCGGGCCUUGGCGCUGAUCAUUCUAACAAGCCUGGCCCUUGCUUUCCUGGCUUAUAGUAUAGUCAAAAAAUGUUUGGGAGCCAAGAUUAUCCAGAUGUUCAGCCCUUGCAGGAAAUGCUGUGAGAAGGCCUGGCCGUGGCUGAAAUGGGUUUUGUGUGCCAUUCUUCUGAUUGCUUUGAUCACAUGGCUGGUUCUGGACGUGUCCCAAAGGAAAGAGCAGCUGGUCUCUUUGGGAGGUUUCUGCGUUCUGGUGUUCUUGUUAUUUCUCUUCUCCAAGCAUCCCAUGGCCGUAUCCUGGAGAGCUGUUUUCUGGGGCCUCGGUCUACAGUUUGUCCUUGGAAUCUUCAUUAUCCGAACUGAACCGGGAUUUCAAGCUUUCCAAUGGCUGGGCAAUCAGAUUCAGAUAUUCCUUAACUAUACCACUGCUGGAUCCAGCUUUGUCUUUGGGGAGAAACUGAUCCAAGAAAGUUUUGCCUUUCAGGCUUUGCCCAUUGUUAUCUUCUUCAGCUGUGUGAUGUCCAUCCUCUACUACUUGGGAGUCAUGCAGUUUGUGAUCCUGAAGUUGUCCUGGCUCCUGCAAAUCACAAUGGGCACAGCAGCCACCGAAUCCCUGAGCGUGGUGGGGAAUAUAUUUGUGGGGAUGACAGAAGCACCACUGCUCAUCCGCCCGUACCUGGGGGACAUGACACGUUCAGAAGUCCAUGCUGUAAUGACAGGUGGCUUUGCUACCAUUGCUGGUAGUGUGAUGGGUGCAUACAUUUCAUUUGGGAUUGAUGCCUCCUCUUUGAUUGCAGCUUCAGUUAUGGCAGCACCAUGUGCUUUAGCUAUGGCCAAACUUGUCUACCCAGAAGUGGAAACGUCCAAAUUCCAAAGCUGUGAAGGGAUCAAAAUUGCCUGCGGGGAGGAAAAGAAUAUUCUGGAAGCUGCUGGUAACGGUGCCUCUGUCUCUGUGGGGCUGGUGGCCAACAUUGCAGCCAACCUCAUCGCCUUCCUGGCUGUGCUGGCAUUCAUCAACGCUGCCCUCAGUUGGCUAGGAGGGAUGGUCAACUUGCCCCAACUCUCCUUCCAGCUGAUCUGCUCAUACGUCCUGAUGCCUUUAGCUUUCUUGUUAGGGGCAAGCUGGGAAGAUGCUUCCCUGGCUGCUGAGAUGGUGGGAAUCAAGUUCUUCUUAAAUGAAUUUGUGGCCUACCAGCAAUUGUCAACAUACAAAAACAAUCGCCUGAUGGGUCUGCCCGAGUGGGAUGGUUCUCAAAAACAGUGGAUUUCGCCCAGAGCUGAAACCAUUUUAACCUUUGCUCUGUGUGGAUUUGCCAACCUGAGCUCUAUUGGGAUCAUGCUGGGUGGCUUGACUUCGAUGGCACCGCAACGCAAGAGUGAAUUUUCCAGCAUUGUUCUACGAGCUUUGAUCACCGGAGCCACCGUCUCCCUAAUCAAUGCAUGCAUUGCAGGAAUCCUCUAUGUGCCCAGAGAUGUCCCUGACUGUCUGGAAUUCUUUAGCAAUACCAUCAUCAACUCUACCAGCUACUCUCUGCAUGAAUGCUGCAAAGACUUGUUCGGCAGUUCCUUACCUAGUUCCAAUGGAUCCCUCUCUUUUAAUGGCAUCUGGGAGACCCUAAACUCCAACACAACACAGACCUAUCUCCAGAAAUGCUGUGGUUACUAUAGCUCCUCCAUAUGUCCCAAAUGAGAUGAUGUCGCAGAAGAGGACAAUUCACCGGAUAUGUAGAAGAUGAAUAAAGGAGAGGGUGGCGGUUGAAAAAAUUCACAGGAUUGUGUGAGAAAGAAAAAAAAAGGAAGGGUGAGGAGCAACAUCUCACCUUCAACGGUAAAAGGAAGGGUUUUGUCAACUCUGAUGAAGAAUGCAAAGCUGCAUUGUAAUGUAUGAAAAGAAUCCUCUGGGUUUUUCUACUUCGAAGUGCUCCAGGCCAAACACCAUGCAAAUAUGACACUCCUUUUGGCGAUUUCAUUUUGUGACAACGCAAAGAAGGGUUCAAGCAGUGGGUCUUCUCACAAAGUUGCUCUCGGCAGAAAUGGUCAAACCUUUUUUUUUUUUUUUUUACAAUUAAACCCCAAUGCAAUUGAGCCCUAGAAGUUCCACUCCGCCUUCCUUAGAUCUCUUUGCAUUCAUUUCUGUUGGCUCUUCAGUCGCAGAGGUGGCUAUGCAUGUCUACCCACGGAAAAGCCCACGGAAUUUCAAGGAGAGUUAUAUGCUCGAGAGAGAAAACCCCACUAAGCUCAGAGUUUCUUCCCAAGUAAUUAAAAAAAAAAA